AGAACGCACCGUCACAAAGAGGCAUUACACGGAGCUCCCAGCUGCACCAGCAUCAAUUCAAUCCAUAAAAUGUCUGCCGAGCUGCACACUGUGAGUGGACCAGAUGGGAAUGAUGCAAGUCUUCAAGGCAACACAGUGGGAGGCAGCAAACCUUUACACCGCUUCAUGAAAGGCCAACCCAAGACUAUUGGCGUCGUUGUGUUGGUCUUGGGCUCGUCUUUCUUUAUCAUUUCAUUUGCAAUGGCAAAAGAACUCUUUAAUGAGCCUCUGUGGAGAAUCGACGCACCUGUCAUUAUUCAGGGAAUUCUGUUCAUCAUAUGUGGGAUUAUGUAUAUUCUGGCAGAGCACAAUCCAACCAAGAAAACAGUCACCAUAUCUUUGGCUCUGGGUAUUGUGUCAAUACUCACGACAUUGGGGACUGACUUUCACUUCCUGCCUGACUUAAUACAGACCCACUACUACAGGCAUUAUGUUGACCGUCACGAAGAAGAAGGAUUAUGGAGAUCAGAUUUUGAGGCCAUGGGAAGGAGCUUGGAAUGGAUCUUUGUAUUCUACACUUUUGUUAGUGCAAUUAUUUUAAUUGUAAUGUCAACUCUGGCUGGAGCUGCCCUGCGUUCCACAAAGAGUCAGGCUGUUGUCAUGAUGACGGCUGCACCACCUGAAACUCCAGCAGAAUGAAGGCCGCAACAUAAACCUCUGAAAUGGGACAACGUGAGAAGAGAGAAGAACUAUGAAGCAACAAGAUCCUUGAGCCCUAAAUACUAACCAGUACUAACUCGCUUUAUAUACAAGGCAUUACAGAUUGUAUGUAUGUCUGACUAGUGUGGCCGUGUAGUGUUUAUGUGAUCUAUUGCUUUACUGUAUCGUCAGCAAGGACCUGCAGUUUACUCUGCAGCCAGCAGGCGGUGUGGAUUUUCUAUGACAAUCCGGUUAAAACUGAAAACCUCAGGCUGCCCAUGACACUUUAAUGUGUUUUUUUGUUACUAUGUAAGCUCUUCUUUAAACAGCGACUCCAAUAAACUCAAACACUGUGACACCUUAACACACUGUCCUCUCUUCACAGGAGAUAGAACACGAGACAUACCAAAAGAGAACAGGGAGUGCAGUGGUAUUAAUAUCAUGAAGUGGGUGUCCUUCCUGUGCAACUGUCACCAUGAGUGUGUCACCAAAAAUGCGUUUUAGGUGACGUUUUGAUUAUGUUUGAGACUGACUUGAGUUUAGCAUUUCAUGAGUUUAUGUUUUCACCUAAUUUAAUAAAAGUGCUGGAAGCGA